AUGAACACUCUUGAAAAAAUCAAAGAAAUAGAGAAUGAAAUAGCGAGAACACAAAAAAAUAAAGCCACAAAUAAUCAUAUCGGUAUUUUAAAAGCCAAGAUAGCCAAGUUAAGACGUGAACUUAUUGCUGCACCACGUGCAUCUGGCGGGGGAGAGGCUGGUUUUGAUGUUUCUAAAACUGGUAUAGCACGUAUUGGGUUUAUAGGAUUCCCCAGUGUAGGUAAAAGUACUUUUAUGUCACAAUUAACAGGCAUUCAUAGUGAAGUAGCGGAAUAUGAAUUUACAACUCUAACAGCUAUACCUGGUGUUAUUACUUAUAAUGGUGCUAAGAUACAAAUAUUAGAUUUACCUGGUAUUAUUGAAGGAGCUAAAGAUGGUAAAGGAAGAGGUAGACAAGUACUGGGUGUAGCUCGUACAUGCUCUUUACUAGUAAUCUGCUUGGAUGUUUUAAAGCCUCUUACGCACAAGAGGUUGAUUGAAAAAGAGCUAGAAUCGUUUGGUAUACGAUUAAAUAAGAAUCCACCCAAAAUAAAAAUUAGUCGUGCUGAUCGUGGUGGUUUAAUGUUAAAGGGUAAUCAUUUAGAUUACAGCACUGUUAAAUCCGUUUUAGCUGAAUUUAGAAUAAGUAAUGCAGAAGUUAUUACUAAUGAACCGUGUACAAUUGAUGAUUUAAUUGAUACAAUAGAAGGAAAUAGGAAAUAUGUGCCUUGUAUUUAUGUUUUAAAUAAAAUUGAUGCGAUUUCGGUUGAAGAAUUAGAUAUUAUUUAUAGGAUCCCGCAUGCUGUGCCUAUUUGUGCGAAUCUUAAAUGGAAUUUUGACGUUUUUCUUAAAAAAGCGUGGGAAUAUUUAGAUCUAAUAAGAGUGUUUCCUAAACCGAAAGGACAAACAAUUGAUUAUGAUGAACCAGUUAUCUUACGUAAUAAUAAAAGGAAGAUAGAAGAUUUUUGUAAUAGCAUUCAUAGAGAAAUUAUAAAAAAGUUUAAAUAUGCUUUAGUGUGGGGAAAGAGUGUUAAGCACAAUCCGCAGAAAGUUGGUAAAGAUCAUGUUUUAGAUGAUUGUGAUGUGGUACAAAUAGUUAAAGAAAUAUAA